UGGGCAAACAGCUUAAAAGGGGCAUUUGAGAUCUCUCAUUUGCACUGACGAACAGGUUACAGAAAGGAGGGGAUCACGAAGUUGCUUUCGGUGCAAAUUUCAUCAGUUAGAAGAGAUGGGGAGCAGUUAUUUUGGAGAGCCAAGCAUGGGAAAUGGAAGAGCUGGUGGGUCUUCAAGGAAAGGAAAGAAGACCAAUUCAGACAAGCCAAAGCAACCACAGAGGGGACUUGGAGUAGCUCAGUUAGAGAAGAUCAGAUUACACAAUCAAAUGAGUUGCAGCUAUCUUCCUUCCAUUCACAACCCCUACCAAACCAAUCUCAACCAGGAAGAGGAAGUGAGGUUGGGAAGUACAUAUUCUUCAGUACCAUCAUCAUCAUCUUUUUCUUAUUCUUCAUCAUCAGCACCUUAUGGCUUUCACCCAAAUAUCAUGAUGGGUAUGGGGGAGAUGGAAGCAGCAGAUUUCAGAUAUGGUGAUUCACAGUCUAGUAUUACAGCAAGAUGGAACAAUAACAGUGGUAUCUCAGGGACUCAAUACUCAAUGCACCCUACUGAGACAAGACACUUGCUGAGUCUAAAUGUUGUAGAGGAUUCAGUGCAAAAGAAGAGAAUUAGAAAAGAGUGGUGUGAUUCAAUGGGGUCAAGCAGUCAGAAUUCAGAUUCAAGUGAUGUAGGAGAAUUAGAUCUAGAGCUCAAAUUAUAGCUCUCAUCAUAAUCUGCUAUAUUAAUGUGCAAUAAAAUGAAAAAGGGUUGAUUUCCCUGUUUUUAUGAUGUACUUAUCAAUAGAAGUGGACAGUUCAACAUGGCCAGUUGGAUUUUUUAAAGACUCACUAGUUGAACAAGUCUACAGAUGUUAUUGAUUUUCAACUUUCAAGUGGAUGAAGGGGUUUUGUGAUGUGAUGAAAUGUAAGUUGGAUGUUCAGUUCAUAAUACAUGAAUUAAUGUCCCAUGUUGAGACAUUUCAUGAA